AUGGAUUAUCUGCGGCUGGUGCUCUCCUGCCUCGUCCCCCUGCACGGCUGCUUGGCCGCCGCCGGUGCCCCAGAGCUCCUGCUGUCCGGCAAGCUGAGCGAGUAUGGCGUGAUCGUGCCCUUCAGCGCCGAUUGCCGGGGCCGCUUCCUCUCGCACGUGGUGUCCGGCGGCGUGGCGAGGGCGGCCGAAGCCACCUGUCCCCCGCCCCCGUCCCGCCGCCGUGUCCCCCGCGACGCCCUGCAUGGGUCCCCGCGGCACGGUGGGGCCGCCGGCCGCUCGCUCUACUUCAACGUCACCGUCUUCGGCAAGGAGCUGCACCUCCGCCUGCGACCCAACCUGCGCCUCGUGCCGCCGGGCGCCAUGGCCGAGUGGCAGGAGGAUUUCGGGGUGCUCUUCCGAGAGCCCCUCCGGCACCGCUGCCUCUUCACCGGGGACGUCACUGGCAUGCCCGGCGCUGCUGUGGCCAUCAGCAACUGCGACGGGCUGGCUGGCCUGAUUCGGACGGACAGCACCGAGUUCUUCAUUGAGCCGCUGGAGCGGGGGCAGCAGGAGACAGAGGCGCGCGGGAGGGCCCACGUGGUGUACCGCCGCUCGGCCAUUCGGCAGGACCUCCGCGCCGAAGUGCCUGGUGUGCGGGUGGGCGAGCUCCCCAACUCCCUGGAGCUGCUGGAGGAGCGGCUGGGCGAGGCGGAGCGCAAGAGGCGUCACGCCAGGAAGGACGACUACAACAUCGAGGUCCUGCUGGCGGUGGACGACUCGGUGGUGCGCUUCCACGGGAAGGAGCAUGUCCAGAACUAUGUCCUCACCCUCAUGAACAUAGUGGAUGAAAUUUAUCAUGAUGAGUCCCUGGGCGUUCACAUCAACAUUGUGCUGGUCAGAAUGAUCAUGGUGGGAUACCGCCAGUCGGUCAGCCUGAUAGAGCGAGGGAACCCAUCCCGCAGCUUGGAGCAGGUCUGCCGCUGGGCUCACUCGCAGCAGCGCUCCGACCCGGAGCACGCCGAGUACCAUGACCAUGCCGUGUUCCUCACCAGGCAAGAUUUUGGUCCCGCAGGUAUGCAAGGCUACGCGCCGGUGACGGGGAUGUGCCACCCGCUCCGCAGCUGCACUCUGAACCAUGAGGACGGCUUCUCCUCAGCCUUUGUGGUUGCCCACGAGACUGGCCACGUGUUGGGCAUGGAGCACGAUGGCCAAGGCAACCGGUGCGCCGACGAGACCAGCAUGGGGAGCAUCAUGGCACCGCUGGUCCAGGCCGCCUUCCACCGCUACCACUGGUCCCGCUGCAGCAAGCAGGAGCUCAACCGCUACAUCCAUUCCUAUGACUGCCUUCUGGAUGACCCCUUUGAGCACCAGUGGCCUGUGCUUCCCGAGCUGCCGGGCAUCAACUACUCCAUGGACGAGCAGUGCCGUUUCGAUUUCGGCGUGGGCUACAAAACUUGUACGGCAUUCCGCACCUUUGACCCAUGCAAGCAGCUGUGGUGCAGCCACCCAGACAACCCCUACUUCUGCAAGACCAAGAAGGGGCCCCCCUUGGAUGGCACCGAGUGUUCCUCAGGCAAGUGGUGCUUCAAGGGUCACUGCAUCUGGAAGACGUCGGAGCAGCCGUACAGCCAGGAUGGUGGCUGGAGUUCCUGGUCCAAGUUCGGCUCCUGCUCCAGGACCUGUGGCGGCGGUGUGCGCUCCCGCAGCCGGAGCUGCACUGACCCGCCUCCUGCUUAUGGUGGGCGCCACUGCCCAGGAGCCACCUAUGAGCACCAAGUGUGCAACAGCGAGGAGUGCCCGGGGCCCUACGAGGAUUUCCGUGCCCAGCAGUGCUCCAAGCGCAACUCCUACUACACCCACGACAACAGCAAGCACGCGUGGCUGCCCUACGAGCAUCACGAUGAUGCCCAGAAGUGCGAGCUGAUCUGCCAGUCCGAGGGGACAGGGGACGUGGUGUUCAUGAACCAGGUUGUUCACGACGGUACCAGGUGCAGCUACCGGGACCCCUACAGCAUCUGUGUCCGGGGCGAGUGCGUGCACGUUGGCUGCGACAAGGAGGUCGGCUCCCUGAAGCAGGAGGACAAGUGUGGGGUCUGCGGUGGGGACAACUCCCACUGCCGGACGGUGAAGGGCACCUUGUCCAAGACCCCAAAGCAGCCAGUGGGUGUUCUGAAGAUGUUUGAGAUUCCUGCUGGGGCGAGGCACGUGCAAAUAGAAGAGAUGGAGCCGGCAUCCCACAGCAUCGCUGUUAAGAAUCAAGCUACGGGUAACUUCAUCCUUAAUGCCAAGGGCAAAGAAGCCAAAAGCAAAAUGUUCAUUGAGAUGGGCUUGGAGUGGGAAUAUACCAUUGAACAUGGCAAGGAGAGCCUGAAAACCAGCGGCCCUCUGCACGAAGCCAUCAGCGUUUUGGUCAUCCCUCGGGAGGAGGAGGAGUCGAGGAGCAGCCUGAUGUACAGGUACAUCAUCCACGAGGACCUGCUGCCGAUGAUUGGGAACAACAACGUGCUGCUCGAGGAGAUGGACUCCUACGAGUGGGCCCUCAAGAGCUGGUCUCAGUGCUCGAAGGCAUGCGGAGGAGGCAUCCAGUACACCAAGUACGGCUGCCGGCGGAAGAGCGACAACCGCAUGGUGCACAGGAACCUGUGCGACAACGGCAAGAAGCCCAAGCCCAUACGACGACGGUGCAACCUGCAGGAGUGCUCCCAGCCUGCCUGGGUAGCUGAGGAGUGGGGUGCCUGCAGCAAGUCCUGCGGCAAGCUGGGGCUGCAGGCACGGGCCGUGCAGUGCGUGCAGCGCCUGCGGGACGGCACCAACCGCACCCUGCAUGCCAAGUACUGCAGCGGCGAGCGGCCGGAGACCCGGCGGCCCUGCAGCCGCCUGCCCUGCCCGGCGCAGUGGAGGACGGGCGCCUGGUCGCAGUGCUCGGCCAGCUGCGGGGAAGGCGUGCAGCAGCGGCAGGUGGUCUGCAAGGGCAGUGAGAGCGGCGGGCGCUGCCACGGGGACAAGCCAGAGGCCGUCCGGGGCUGCCACGUGUCCAUCUGUCCGGGGAAGCCCUCCAGCAUCACGGCCAGCGUCGACAGCAGUGACCACGUCACGCCCAGAGGGCAAUGGGUGCCCCAGGAGGGGCCCAAAAACCCCGUUAGCAAGAUCUCCCCCAGGGAGCCCUGCCUCGGGGACAAGUCCAUCUUCUGCCAGAUGGAGGUCCUGGCCCGCUACUGCUCCAUCCCUGGCUACAACAAGCUCUGCUGCGAGUCCUGCGGCAAGAAAGCCUCCGUCACCGCCUCGCCUUCUGGUACCCCCCACAGCUCCCCUGCAGGAAUCCCCGGCCCCACUUCCCCACUGCCCCCUGGCUCCCCUGGGCCAGGGGCACCUGGGGUGGAUGCCACCGCCGGGACCCCAGCCCCAAACGAGCCAUCGGUGGGGACACAGGGCAAGGGCAGGGGCCGGGCAGCCAGGUAA